AUGCUGCCCUCACUCGCUCUCGGUGUCUUGCUCUUGCCGACCACUCUUGCAGCCAUUCUUCCCGAGUACGACCCAUUCUAUGAUGCUCCUGCUGGCUACCAAGACCAAGCUCCUGGAAGCAUUCUUCGCACCCGCAAAGUUGUCGCAAGCUAUCUUGGCCUGAUCCCCGACGGUGUGCAAGCAUGGCAGUUGUUGUAUCGCACCACUGCCAUCAACGGUACUGCCAUCGCAUCUGCAACAACAGUUUUCAAGCCCCUUAUCUCCAAGCAGAACAGCUUUGUCAGCUUCCACACUGCCUAUGAUGGUUCUUCGGUGACCGGCGCUUGUGAUCCUAGCUUCAACUACCAGUUGCUCUCCCCACAGGUCGAUCUGAUUUCGUCGGUCGAGUUCUUCUUGCUUCAAGCUUACCUCCUGGAAGGUUAUAUCGUGCAGUCUCCUGACUACGAAGGUCCUGAUGCGGCUUUCGGUGCUGGUCGUCUCUCUGGUAUGGGUGUUCUCGACAGCAUGCGUGCUGUCGCCAAUUUUGGAUCGACUCUUGGUUUCACGACCUCAACUCCCAAGAUCGUUGGGUACGGAUACUCUGGCGGUGCUAUCGCUACUGGCUGGGCUGCUUCUCUGGUCUCAAGCUAUGCCUCUGAGCUCAACGUUCUUGGCUGGGCUCAGGGUGGUACGCCUGCCAACUUGACUGGUACUGCUGUCUUCCUCGAUGGCACAGCAUUUGCUGGCUUCCUCCCGCAGGCUCUUGUAGGCCUUGCUACACCUUCAGCAUACGGUGCCCAACUUGCCCCUGUCUUUGACCGCAUCCUUACACCCAAGGGCCAUGCUGUCCUCGAUCAAGCCGCACAAACCUGCGGCUUUGAGAAUCUGUUCACCUUUACAUUUGGCCAGGUCCAAAGCUCUGAUUUCCAGACUCUGGGGAACGGACUCUUCCACGAGCCCACGUUUGCGGAUGUGCUGGAGCACAAUGUUCUGGGCGUCAACCCCAAGGAAACACCAAAGGCGCCUGUGUACAUGUAUCACGCUACCAACGAUGAAGUCAUUCCCUAUGCCAAUGCAUCAACACUUUACUCUGACUGGUGUGCCGACGGCGCUUCUGUCCAUUUCACAACCGUCGCCAAUGGUGGCCACGCGACUACUGAAAUCAUUGGUUUCGUAGGCGCAUUGAACUUCGUCAAAGCUGCUUUUGCGGGUACUGUCGCUAGUGGAUGCUCGACUUCGACGGAGUUGGCUGAUGGCUUGAAUCCAUUGGCGCUGGGUGUGAAGUUGGAGCCUGUUGUUUUCCAGUUGUUGAAUGCUCUUGCUGUUGCGGGAAGAAAGGAUGUGAAUAUUCGGAAUAACCUCCAGACACUCAAUGAGACUGUGGGGGCUUAA